UUACCUGACCGACUAGCGUCUCAUUCCACCACGGUCAAUCCCGCCGGCAGCAGCAACAGCGACCGCUUAUAUUCGAAACUUUAGAAUAAACAUAAGUGUCGGCGUUUUAUUGAUUUUUAAGUGAACGUCUUUUUUUUUUGUUUCGUCAGCCCUUUAAACUAUCUCUGCUUUAACUUUGUCCAAACAGACGAGGAAACAAAGUUGCAGUGUAGCCCGGUCGCGCUAACAAAGAAAAAAAAAUCCUUUCUCCUCAGAAAACAAUCCCCUACUACUCUCUAGUUAUGAGUCAUGUGGUCGUUGAUAAUCCACACGGUCUAGAUCAGCAGCUUGCUGCCCUAGACUUGAACUCUGUUGAGGGACAAGGUGGAGGAACAGGCAGACGUUACAUUCCACCUCACUUGAGGAACAAAGAUGGUCCCAAAAAUGCAGGAAAUGCGUAUUCCGCUGCUAGACAGUGUGGUUAUUCAGUGGCACCAGUAAAUCUCUAUUCCUCUGGAUGGGAUGGUGGGCGCAGCAAUGGAUUUGUGAACGGGUACCACGACAACCGCUCAAACGGUGGUGGAUUUGGAGGGCGUGGACCCCCUCGCCAUGAUCGAGGAUUCGGUGGUUAUGAGAACAAGGAUGGCAACUGGAGUGGACAAGGCAGAGACAACUCCUUCAACAGCUUUGGGGGACGUAAUGACAGGUCAAAGUCUGCCUUCUUUAAUGACCGUGGAGCAGGCUCAAGGGGAAGGUAUGAACGUGGCGGCUUCUCUGGCGGAGGAAACAGCCGUUGGGCAGAGGAAUCUAGCAGAGAGGAGGAUUGGUCCAAGCCUACUGCUCCGAAUGAGCGCCUAGAACUUGAGCUCUUCUCUAGCAGCAACACGGGGAUUAACUUUGAGAAGUAUGACGAUAUUCCCGUGGAGGCCACUGGAAGCGACUGCCCACCUCACAUUGAAAGCUUCCAUGAUGUGGACAUGGGGGAGAUCAUCAUGGGCAACGUCGCCCUGACUCGCUACACACGUCCCACUCCAGUCCAGAAGCAUGCCAUUCCUAUUAUAAAGUCCAAGAGAGACCUCAUGGCCUGUGCCCAGACUGGAUCUGGAAAGACUGCUGCUUUCCUCCUGCCCGUGUUAAGUCAGAUCUACACACUAGGACCAGGAGAUGCCCUGCAGGCUGCCAAGAAUAAUGGCCAGGACAAUGGAAGAUAUGGGCGUCGUAAGCAGUACCCGAUCUCCCUCGUCCUUGCUCCGACCAGAGAGCUGGCACUGCAAAUCUAUGAUGAGGCCAGAAAGUUUGCUUAUCGCUCACGCGUGCGCCCAUGUGUGGUAUACGGUGGCGCUGACAUUGGCCAGCAGAUCAGGGAGUUGGAGAGAGGCUGCCACUUGCUGGUUGCCACACCGGGCCGCCUAGUGGACAUGAUGGAGAGGGGCAAGAUCGGUCUUGACUACUGCAACUACUUGGUGCUGGAUGAAGCUGACCGCAUGUUGGACAUGGGCUUUGAGCCACAGAUAAGACGCAUUGUGGAGCAAGACACCAUGCCAGUUAAAGGCGUCCGGCAGACCAUGAUGUUUAGCGCCACCUUCCCCAAGGAAAUCCAGAUCCUGGCGCGUGAUUUCCUUGAAGACUACAUUUUCCUUGCGGUGGGCCGCGUUGGGUCCACCUCAGAAAACAUCACCCAGAAGGUGGUCUGGGUGGAGGACACCGACAAGAGGUCCUUCCUCUUGGACCUUCUCAAUGCCACAGUUAUUCCCAAUGAGAUUCAGGAAAAUGGGACAGAUGCCCCAGAAAAGCCAGGCAAAGACUCACUGACUCUUGUGUUUGUGGAGACCAAGAAAGGUGCAGAUGCUUUGGAGGACUUCCUGUAUCAUGAAGGCUAUGCCUGCACCAGCAUCCACGGUGACCGGUCUCAGAGAGACCGUGAGGAAGCUCUUCACCAAUUCCGCUCAGGGCGCUGCCCAAUCUUGGUGGCAACGGCUGUGGCUGCGAGAGGUCUGGACAUCUCUAACGUGAAGCACGUCAUUAACUUUGACCUGCCCAGUGACAUUGAAGAAUACGUUCACCGCAUUGGCCGUACGGGACGUGUGGGCAACCUUGGUCUGGCCACGUCGUUCUUUAACGACAAAAACAGCAACAUAACCAAAGACUUGCUGGACAUUUUAGUGGAGGCCAAACAGGAGGUCCCCACCUGGCUUGAAAGCCUGGCCUAUGAGCACCAGCACAAGAGCAGCAGUCGUGGUGGUCGCUCCAAGAGCAGGUUUUCCGGCGGCUUUGGUGCUCGGGACUAUCGACAGACACCAGGGGGAUCUGGAGGCUUUGGUGGCAACCGCACUGGCCGACCCUCUGGCGGACACGGAGGGAACCGCGGCUUCGGCGGAGGUGGCUUCGGAGGCAACUUCUACGGCAACGACGGCUACGGAGGAAACUACAGCCACUCAGGAAGUGUGGACUGGUGGGGCAACUAGUCGCCAGAGGAGUAGGUUGCCAUGCCACCCUGAUGGAAAACCACAUGUUUAAAAAGAAAAAACGCCAGACCCUAACCACCCUCCCUGUGUAGCUUCACUGACACACAGUACAUUAGCCAGCCUGGUUCUCGGCCAGGCGCUCUUCUCAAAACGAUCGCACGAGCGCAGCGUGACGCUAAGGAAAGUCUGCAGCAGCACGUGUACGCGUGCAUGUGUACUGCAGUGGCGAGCGCACCUCUGAGUGUGAGCAUGGACUCUGACUUAAUGCACAGUCACUAUUUGAAGAAGCAUUUUGGGGGACAAGAAAUCCCUCAACCCCCAAAAUUGCCAAACCAACAACCGGAGGAUCACUUGUGUAUUCAUGUUCUCUGCCUUUUGGAAUUGAAACAGGAUAAAUCUGUUCAUAUUUCACCAGAUGGAAAAAAUGGCCAAGAGCCCAAAUUUUAGUUUUGACUGUUUAGUUUGAUGUUGCAUAGAAAGGUUAGAAAUAAGAGAAAAUAAGCUCAUACGAAAUCAAACCUUGGCAAAACUAGGGUUUUGUGGCUCUUUGAGUCACGAUUCCAUUUGAACCUCAAAUUUUCUACCAAACAGCUGACGGGCCCACUGUGCCGCUCUGAAUUAUCUGCGUUUUAAUAUCUUUUUUUGCUCACUCUAUCCUGAACUGGCUCCUUUUGAUGAUAACGUCAAGGUGAUGGUUGUUCUUGGAAAAUAACCAUGCCCCUGAAAAUGCGCGUCAUCCAGUUCAGUGCCAGCAAUGGCUGAUGUUUCAAAAAACUUAUUACUCCAUUUUGUUUUCCUUCUUAUUUCAAUUGACUUGACAGUGUUACGGCAGCUACCAUGUUACCGAGCGCUAGCUACACAAAGUGGGCGGUGUUUUUGUUGUUCACUUUUGUUUUUUUUUGAUGUACAAAAAUGUAGAGAAAAAAAAUCGGACUUGGUUAUUUUAUUUGCUUGCAUCGAAACAAAAAACGCCUGCAUAAAUGAUGAAAGUAGGCUGCAUUAAAAGGACCACCGCAUCGGGAGGGCAUAUAUUGCAGCGUCGACCAUCUCGCACUGCGACUGUCUGCAUGUGCAAGUGUUAUGUUUUUUGGUCAAGGUUAAAGGUCACAUGAGUCGCAGGCUUAAAAAUUUUCUCAUUUUCAAGCUGCGUUUUGCAAGGGGGGGUACCGCAUUAAAGCAGGGGUUGGCCAUGCGAUCAGGGCAACAGUGUAGAACUAGAUUUUUCCUGCGUUGAGUGAGUACCCGAUAGGAAAAAUGGUUCCCCACCCCUGUUAAAAAAGAUUAUUUAUCAAUUCAACCAGGGAGUGAGGAGGUGAGGCUAAGAGUCAGAGGGUGCAGUUGUCAUUGGUGUAACCACUGGAUGAGGGAGGGUUUCAUGUUCCUUUGGGGGGGAGGGGGAGGGGGUCAUUUAAAGUACUGUCUGCACGGUCACACAUCAGCCAGUGUCCCGAUGCUCUGAUUCUCUCAUCAGGUGUGUUGUGCCUUGAAAACGUUUUUUUUUUUUUUUUUUUUUUUGAUAAAACUAACGCGAAUUAAAGCAGAUGACCUGAUCGCGUUGAGAAGCCGACGUCGAAUGGUGCUACUUGAUUUCGCCACGUCGAUAACCCUCGUGCACGCGUGCGUGCGUGUGUGCAUGCUUGUGCCCAUAGUUUUACUAACAUUCUUUUAUUGCACAUCCAGAGUUUUAUAAAAAUGUCUGGCUUAUGUGUCCUUAGGCUUCCAAAUACAGUGUGUGUGAAGAUUGGUAGUGUUUGGGGGAGUUUGAGGAAAAAAAAAAAAAACGCAGCUUGUUUACAAAUGGGGCUGGGUUCAAAAUGUUAAGAAACAGGAUUUAUUUGGGACCAGGGGGGAUUAGCAGUUGGUGGGUUGGGAAUUUAGCAAUUUGCACAGAUUUCUAGAUUCUACUUUUGCUGCUAGUUUUUGUGUAAUUUAUUAAGCAUUUUUGACAAAUAUUUAUUUUUGUAAGCCUCAAAAGUGAUUCUUUGAAAGUUUCAGAAAACUUGACCAAAAGACAGUACAAAAAAAACAAACGAAAAAACACUGGCACUUGAAUGUUGAAUGUCACCUGUAUGCGUGAAAUUUCUAUAUU